CCGUGCUCCGAGGGGAGCGAAACGCAGAGAGCCAAGGAGGUGGUGUUUCCGCGGAGGUCGCGGCGUUGGAGGCGGGGAAGUAGCAUGGCAGCGCCGCUAAUGCUCAGAGCCUCCGCUAGUUUGCUGCAUAAGCAAAGGAGGGUGUUUGCAGGCGGCAUUGCAAUGGUGUCUUCUAGGGCAAUGGCUUCCAAGACCCCCGUUGGAUUCAUUGGUUUGGGCAACAUGGGAAAUCCAAUGGCAAAAAACCUUAUCAAACAUGGCUAUCCUGUGAUUGCAUAUGAUGUUUUUCCAGAAGCUUGUAAAGAAUUUCAAGAUGUGGGGGCACAGGUGACUGAUUCCCCAGCAGAUGUGGCAGAAAGAGCUGACAGGAUUAUUACAAUGCUUCCAUCUAAUCCUAAUGCAAUAGAAGUUUACACAGGCAACAGUGGAAUUUUGAAGAAAGUGAAGAAAGGAUCUUUGUUAAUAGACUCCAGUACUAUUGAUCCUUCUGUUUCAAAAGACUUAGCUAAAGAAGCUGAAAAAAUGGGAGCUGUUUUUAUGGAUGCUCCUGUUUCUGGUGGUGUGGGGGCAGCUCGUGCAGGGAACCUUACAUUCAUGGUUGGGGGAGUGGAGCAAGAGUUUGAUGCUGCAAAGGAGCUGCUCACCUGUAUGGGUUCCCAUGUUGUCUACUGUGGAGAAGUUGGAACUGGACAGGCUGCAAAAAUCUGCAAUAACAUGCUCUUAGCUAUCAGUAUGAUUGGAACUGCUGAGACCAUGAAUCUUGGAAUAAGGCUUGGUCUUGACCCAAAGCUACUGGCCAAAAUCCUAAAUAUGAGCUCAGGCCGUUGUUGGUCAAGCGAUACUUACAACCCUGUGCCAGGAGUAAUGGAAGGCGUACCUUCUGCUAACAAUUACCAAGGUGGCUUUGGAACAACGCUCAUGGCCAAGGAUCUUAGUUUAGCUCAGAUGUCUGCCACCAACACAAAGACGCCAGUCCCUCUCGGAUCUGUUGCCCACCAAGUCUACAGGAUCAUGUGUGCCAAAGGCUAUGCCCAGAAAGAUUUCUCAUCCGUGUUCCAAUUUUUACGAGAGGAAGAAAACUUGUGAGCCCUUUUCUGAUGAAGGACAAUUACUAGAAACCAAGUUCUGUGUGGAGCCUUCUUGCUAUAAUUACUGAGGUGUAGAUCAUGAAUCAUGAUCUCACCUAUACCUAUUACAGACUCCUGGAUUUAACAUCUAUUGUUUAAAACAGCAGGUUGUGAAAGGGUUUAAAAAAACUUUAACAACUAUACAUAACUGAUUUAAAAACAUAGUUGGUUUAAAGCCAAAUUCGAGUCAACAGGAAGCACAUCAUUUGCACGCAAAACUGAUAUUAUUCUCAGCUGUGCUGAUAGAACUGUGAUUAAAGGGACUGAUACCUGAAAUUCCUUUCUAAUGAAACAGUUCACCUUUAAAAAGAGAAAGAGGGAAGAUUCUUGUGAUUAAGAAUUUUUCUGAUAGAUAUUUUUUUUAAUCUAGUACUGGCUUAAUUAUUGUGGAUUUCUCCUGAGAAUAGUGGUGGAAAGUUACAUUAAGAAAUGUACAUCAUUUAUUGGAAAGCUGCUACUACCCAUAUGGUUUUAAGUAGCAGCCAUCAUUAAAAUAACAGGUGUCUCUCUGUGUGUAUUUGUACACUAUUCUUUGCCAAUCUAAUUUUGUACAUUUUUAACCCUUUUCACAUUUUCAAAAUAUUUAUGUCUACUAACCUCACUUGGUAUACACUUGUUUUAGGCAAAUACUGCAUUAUUAUAAAUCUAAAUAAGUCAACCCCUUUUCUUUGAAAUCCAAUAAAAAUUAAGAUGGCAAAUGACCACUA